CACACCUCCCUUCCUCCGUCUCAUUCCUCUUCUUGACCUUGGAUUCUCGAGAUCUUGAUCCUACCCCCUCCUCGCUAGGGCUCUCCGCACCUAACUUCCGAUGUUCCAGUUCGGCGACGGUGGGCCGUCCGCCGGCGUCGACGGCGGACCACCGCCACUGCUUCCUUCCUCUUCCUCCUGCUCCUCCAUCCUAUCGCCGUUGGCUCCUCCUUUCACGGUCGAUCGCUGUUACGCCGUCUUCCCUCAGCCGAUGUCCGCCGCCGGCGACUGGCCCCCCGCUUCUGCUGCCGCUUCCGCCGCCACGUCUUCCCGCUUGCCCUCCCUUACCUCCGGCAUCCGCUCUAUACCGAGCAAUAGUGUCUUCGAAUCCGCCAGUACGUAUUACCCUAGUUAUGCUCCGGUCGGCGGUGGCUUUCCGGUAUCCAUCGAUGAUAGCUUAAAACCUUUGCCAGGUCUUGAGAGGUACGGAGGAAUGGAUUCUGGCCCUUGGAGUGGACCCUUUCUUGGAGAGGAAAUGGGAAAAGAUAAGGGUUUCGAUCGUAGUUCGUCUUGGAUGGAUCCCUCUUCUAGCUACUGGGACUCUGCAUUCUACAAAGGAGGUGCUGCUGAAGGUUUAAUGACAUGUGAAGAUGCUUCACUUGUUCAGGGAAAUAAUGCUACCUCCUUUGCAAGAAAUUUUCAGUUUGGACCAGAAAGCUCUGGAUGGCUAGGUGAUAAGUACCCAGCAGUUUCCAGAGGUGCUGCUGAAGGUUUAAUGAUACGUGAAGAUGCUUCACUUGUUCAGGGAAAUAAUGCUGCCUCCUUUGCAAGAAAUUUUCAGUUUGGACCAGAAAGCUCUGGAUGGCUAGGUGAUAAGUACCCAGCAGUUUAUAAGGAUAACCCAAGAGCGCCUUUUGAUCAGUCUGGAACUUCACCUCUUGAUCCAAGUGCAUUAUUUGACAGAUUGUCUUAUUCUCGGUCACAAGAGUCAACAUCUAUUAUGAAAGCACACGAUACCUUUAAUUUAAACUCAACCAAUAACUAUACUGCACAACCUGCUUCAUGUUCAACCAAUCCAAUGUUCUACAAUCCAGCUACAGCAUGUUCUGCCUCGACCUCAGUAUAUGAUCUGUCAACUGAAAGAACCAUUUCAUCAAUGGAUUCUGUUAUGCCAGCAAAUGGAUAUUUGACUAUUCAACAUGCGAAUCCAUAUAGAAUUAAUCUUGAUUAUUUUGACUAUAUUGCAAGUGAGCAGAAGGAGCCUACGGUCGGUCAAAUUAGUGAAGACGGUAACAAGGAGUGGAGCAUUGCUGCUGGAAAUAUGAAAAGAAAAUUUGGUGCUUCUGUAAUUUCUUCUCCAAUGAAAAAUGAUUUUCCUGCAGGCCAUGAUCCACUAAUUGGGAAUCUUAUGGAGUGUUACUCAGAGGCAAAAUGUGGGUUAAGAAAUACACGGUUGAGCCUCACAAAUUCUUCUGCCUCUGCUAGUGCUUCUGUUGAACCUGAUAAUUCCAUGCAAAUUUCUUCAGACCCACUUGAUCAGCACAGCCUUGCUGUGGAUUCACCAUGUUGGAAAGGAGCUCCAUCUUCUCGUCAAUAUCCAUUUGGCAUUGGAGACAAAGCAGAUGGUUGUCCUGUAGUAAAGGAAUUAAAAGGCCACAAUGAUUUGGAUCAAGGUCAAAAGCAUCUUCUAGUCAGUGCCAAAUAUGCAGGAACUCCAUCUUCAGAACAUGUUGUAAGUUCCGUUUGCAGGGAGAACCAGAAAGAUUCUUCUUUAUCCUAUCCAAGAGAACCCUCUUUGGUUAGUUUGCGAUGUAUGCAUCAAAAAUUUGAAGAUGCUAAAGGAGAAUGUUCAGGUUGUGCAGAGGUUGGCUUUGAGAAUAGCAGCCAAGUAGGACACAUUCUUGAAGAAAAGAAUAAUGAAGCUACAAAAGUUCUAAAUACAGAUUCUGGACUGAAGGAUCAUGCCUUGAAACAAUUAGGUGGAGAAGAGGGUGUUUCUUCUGCCUAUCAUAACACAGUGGUCAGUGGAAUGGCAAAUCCUGAGAUGAAUGUUAAGGCUGCAGGCCAAGAUGGCUCAUCUGAUUUUAGUUCUUGUUCUAGAGAUCACAUCGUGAAAUUAUCUUCUUCUGAAGUUGCCAUUCCUAGUAAAACUGUUGAACUACUAGGUUCAUCUGAUCCUUCUGGCAUAUGUCCCCCCCCAGGAGAAGAUCCUGAACCUAUUGUUAAGGCUAUGCAUGGUUUAUCGGAAGUGCUCUUCUCUCAUUACGACAGAAAGGUCAACGAAUUGAAAGAGCAUGACCAUGAACUUCUGCAUCAAGUAAUUGACAAUCUCAAAGCUUGCCUUGUCAAGAACGGGAAGGACGUUACAAAGGAAACUUCUAAUGUUUUUGGGAUUGAGGCUUCUCCAUCUGAAGUGGAUGUUCAAAAGAUUGGUGAUGAUCUAAAAACGAGCAACAAUAAAGGUGCCAAAGGCAUGAAGCAUAGGAUGCCCUGUAGUGGGCUUGAUGUGGACAAUGAUAAGGUCAACAAUGUUUGUUCUGUAGGAUUUGAUACAGAUUGCAGGACGCGCAUGGCCCAGGCCUUACAUAAGGUUUCAAAGAGAGGUUUUGACCAGGAAGAGGACCCUCAGACUCUGUUGUACAAGAAUCUGUGGAUUGAGACAGAAGUUGCUCUGUGUUCAAUGAAGUAUGAACUUGCGCGCAUGAAGCUUGAGAUGGAAAAUGACAAGUGCCACCAAAGAGCAAAUUCUUAUGAUUCAUCGGAUAUGGAACGGAAGCUUUCACAGUUGACUAGACUAAGAAGUUUGAAUUCGGUGAACUACGUUAAUGGGAAUGAUGAACCAAGAUACAAAGCUGAAGAGAACUUGUGCAAUACUUCAACGCAGCAGGCUUAUGGAGGCAAACAUGGUACUAUGAAACCUCAUGAAGUCAAAACAAACUGGGCAGAUGAACUUGAUGCCUCUGUUUGGCCUAGGUUCCAAGCUCUAAAAAGUUGCUCUUAUAAUGUUAAAUUUAGUAGUGUAGACAAGCAUCCAAAGUUUUUGAACUCCACAAAUGUUGGAGGUUGUGUGGGAACAAAAGAUGCUGUAUGCAGCCCUCAUUUAGAUAUUGAAAAUGCUGCUGGACUGAAUUACCUGCCAGCGAAGCUUGCUGAUUUGGAAUUUAGUCAGCGGAACGAACAAUCAUGUACUCCUGACGAACCUAGCAGUUACUUGAAACCUCAUGAAGUAAACACAAACAAGACAGACGAGGUUGAUUCCUCUGUUGUGGCAAGACUCAGAGUUCUACAGGGACGAGGAGAUAUUUCAAACUCUCUUAGUGCAGAGGAGUAUCCAGAAAAACUGGACUCUGUGGAUCCUGGAGGCUGCUUGGAAACAAAAGAGACUGUGGGCAGCAUUAAUUUAGACAGUGAAAAUACUGCUGGAGUGAAGAACCUGCCAGCAAAGUUUGCUGAUUUGGCUUUUUUUCAGCAGAAUCAACAGUCAUAUAAUCCUGAUGAACCUAUCAGUUGUUGGAAGCCUCGUGAGGUAAGGACAAACAGGACAGAUGAGGUUGAUUCCUCUGUUAUGGCUAGACUCAGUAUUCUAAGAGGACGGAUUGACAAUGUAAACUCUGACAACUUGGGAGAGCAUCCAAAGCUUCUUGACUCUGUAGAUGUUGAAGGUUGCUUGGGAAGAAAAGAUGCCAUGUGCAAUUCAAGUGGUGAAAAUAAUGCUAGGGAGAAGUCAGAGAGCUUCAUGCCAACGAAGCUUGCUGACUUGAGCUUCAUGCAGAAGAACGAACAGCUGUAUGCUGAAGAUGAACCCAGCAAAAGAAGUUGUUUACUAAAUAGCAGUUCCAACAUUCAGCAUCUUUGUGCAAAUUCCAAUGAUGAAAAUGAACUGUAUCUAAACAACAAUUCAGAGUCAAUGGCCAGAGAAUCUCCUGUAUGCAGAGCAAAUGACCUAGUCAUGCCUGAUCAGCAGUGGAAACAAAAUGUUACAGAAGGGUCGGGUAGCCCAUCAUCAGAAUGGGAGCAUGUGCUGAAGGAUGAGCUCACAUGGUGCAGCAGCGCAUGAACCAAGGUUUAAAUUUUAUCCUGCUUUUGCUUGAAAAUUUCUUCGACAACUUUACCUGUAAAUAGCAAGACUUUAAGUAAUAAAUAAUGCUCCAUUUAAACAUUUGAAGUUGCUUGUAGUUUUGGAUAUUGUAAUCUGAACGUUCAACUGUUCAUGAGGUGGAUGUUUAUGAAAUGAGAUUUGCAUGCUGGCUUGCUUGUGAGUA